UUCGAUUUCCAACAGCGACAUCGCAGCGAUUGUAAGUAUGACGAGCUGAUUCACUGCGGCUACUAGUUGUAGUUGUACAACUCGUCAACAUAUUUGAAUAGAUUACAUUCGUUUGUUCUUCAAGUACUCCUUUACGUUUCAUUUUUUUGCACUGGUCAAUCAUUGCUAUUGUUUGACAACAUCAAAAGCAUAAUGGACUCGGAAGACGAAGUGGAUCAGCAGUCUUCGCAUGAGGAAGUGUCCUCCGAUCAGGAAGAUACUGAUCAGUGGGACGAACUGAGCGAAUCCGCCAAAUCCAAGAAGGACGACCUCUAUCCGCUCCCGCGGCCGCGCAGCGGAGAGGAGUUGCCCCUGCAACGGAGGCAGUUUGAGAAAAUUGUCGGAUUGUUCGAGAACGUGACGAAGACACAGUACCCAAGCGGAAACCGCAAAAAGAAGCCGACCGCUUGGGAGGAUGAUAUUCUUAACCUCGUGAAGACGUUCGACUCCGAACUCAUAAACACAGUGACGAAAAAACACGGCAGUUUGCUGAAUCUCGCCGCGAAGUAUAACGCUACCCGCUUGGUGGAGUUCUUGCUAGAGAACAGCGACUUUUUCGAAUUUUUAGCGCGCGACGAACACGGACGGACUCCAAUCGGCUGCGCUGCGUAUGGACGAGUUGGCACCGAGGUUCACCGGAUGCACUGGCUCGAAGAACAUUCACCUUUGCCGUCGGUUGCGUCGUUGCGCACGCUGUUGAAGAGCCCGAAGAUGGUUCACGCGUGGCACAGCAAAAACGCUCAAGGCGUGUCGCCGCUCGCUGAGCUUUUCGAAUCCUUAGAGAGAGCUUUGCUCAAGUCGAAGAGACACGACGAAGACGCGACGGAGUGCCACUUUGACUUUGGUUCGUUUCCCUGGGCGCAGUUGGCGGACUGCGCGACGCUAGCCGCGAUUCACAUCUGGUUCGAGCUUGCUGCAUCAAUGAAAAUUUCGACGCCGGUUCCGGUUGCGGUGCAGGCAUUCGGAAAGAUUGACCUGUCUUUAAUCGGCUUCCCGUCACGCGCACACCGCACAGGCAGCAGUGUGAUCGGGGCGUGGAGCUUUCGUGUGCUAAGUCAGCUUCUGCACUCGGUGACAGACCCAAAGGCAUUUGUGCGAGCAGUGGCGCGGCCUUCGGGUAUGCCCGGCUGUCCUAGUCAAUCACAUACCAAAAUCAGCAACGACUUUUUGCAGGUACUUUUUUCUUGUCCACAGAAGUGCCUCUACUAGAGCUGUACUGCAUUUGCAUGAGGUCGCUGUAACGCUGAAUCGAUCAUAUUUUUGAUCCUGUGAGGACUGCAUCUGCACACAAAUAAUCAAGUAGCUGCUGAUGGAGUCGCUCAUGUUCUUGUCUCAUCACAUCAGCCGAUCCCUUAAGCAAUCUUCAUCUUCACGUUCACUUCGCCUUCUCUUUCUCCUGCGUCAGGUACAGUAUUCCGCUGCACUUCUGUGUCUGCGGAAGACUGCGCUACCCUCUGAAAUCAUACCGAAGGUGAAGAGCUACCUUGGCUUCGCCAACGAGCAGCAGCUGUUCGAUGAGCGGAAGUUGCUCGCGCUGCAGUCCUUGAAGCAAAGUCGAGACCUCUCCGCGGACGAGCAGGAAAAUUUAGCAGAGCUGACGCGGAAGUAUAUCGACCCCACCGAUCUGGUAGAGAAAAAGCAGGAACUAAUCAAACUUUUGUUCGCGAUGAAGCCUGCUCCGCGCGGCGGAUUUCGUGGAGAGAGAAACGACAGUCCCUUGCCGGACCGUGUACAGACACUCUUGAGUGAGGUGUUUGGGCCUGAUGAAGUGGGUAGCUCGGACGAUACGCCUUGGGGUACGGCGAGGAGUCGAAAAAGAGAGUUUGACUAUGGGGCGUGGUACAACGGUUUUCGUGGAGGAGUGGCAUCAGCUCGAGCUCUCCCGGGGGUCUUAAUUAGAAGCAUGAGCACCAUCCGGGAGGUGCAUGAAUUCUCGGUGGAUAGUAGUUUUCUCUGGUUUCCAAGCGCAACAAGCUCAAACGCGGACAACGAAUCCGAGGACGACACGAUCAAAACGCAAAGCCGUGACUGCGCGGAGCUAUAGAGGAGCAGGCCUAUCAGCUCCAGAUGAAAACUCGCCGCGUUUGCUCAAUAGGCUUUCGCUGUCGUGCGUGCUUCUGCUGGAACAAUUUUGAGCAACGACGUUGUGCUCUACACUAGGUAGUCUCACCUUCAUACUUCGACAAGAGUUCGUGACUACUUUUCAAAAAAUAGUGUUGUUCAGUCACGGAAUUCAUGAUCGACAAUGAGCAUGUGGAGUGUUAUCUCUCUGUUGAAUGAAACUGAAAAUUUUCCAUAGAAAUUGCGACGUUCCCUAGCUUGUUGUCAGUGUGCGCAGGGGUUGGCUCGCAGUGACAUCGCUUUCGAGCCUCGUGAUAAAAGCACAAAAUAGUUUUCAUGUUUCGAUGGAUAAUAAGAACUCCCCCAUAUACAAUUGUGUAGUGAUUUCCCGAAAUAACAAGAGAUGAACAUCUUCACUGAAAAACUUGAUGUCAGCAAUAUUGUAGUACUACCGGACGAGGUGAAUGAGAUACAUGAUUAAUUGAUGAUUGUUUGGCUGCACCUACAUGAAACAGUAACUACAAAUUUUUGAUAACAUUGAUGAAACAACAGCAAGAGUGGACUCAAGUUAUGACACUUCCUAGGUGCUGCAGUGGGUCAGGGUCUAACUUUUUGUACUGUGCUUGUGGUACGUUCCGACUGCGUCUACAGCUUAGGCCAUUGGGAAGAUUCUGAAGAUUCAACACAUUUUGGAAAACCAACGCAACGAAAAAGACUGAAACAUUUAUAGCUGAUCAUGUCAGCUACAACAUUGUUGAUUCAGCGACGCUGGGCAAUCUUAAAGAGAAGAAUGUGCCAACUCCCAAGUUCACUACUCGCUCAAUGCUCGGCAAGGUAGAUG